AAAACUCUCAACUUUUUUUUCCGUAGGUUGGUCAUCCUGGUAACUUGGCAUCCCUGGCCUAAAAAGUGUUUAUGUAUGUGCUUUCGCUUUGUUUACCCCGUGAAAUUCGGAUAAAUUUUUAAGUGAAGAAGUAGAUGAGGUUGAUAUCUGGAGAAUGGAAGUGAAUCGCCACUCUGUUAAUGAAAAUGGAACCACCAUGUCCCGUAAUCUUAAGGACAAGUAUGACAAUGUCAACCCACGUCGGGCUCAUACCAUUAUGUCAGCAGAGGAUGCUGCAUCAGGGAGAAAAUCUUAUUGGGCGGAACUGGAGAUAACAGGAUCUAUCCGGAAUGUGAGCCCAUGUUUGUGGCAGCUCACCCACCUAACAAGUUUGUACCUGAAUGAUAACUGCCUAUCUCGCAUACCACCUGAUGUUGCUAUGCUCGUCAAUUUGCGUAGUUUGGACCUAUCCAAGAACAAGCUACGCAGUUUACCUGCUGAGCUUGGUGAGCUCAUCAAUCUGAGGGAACUGCUUUUAAGUCACAAUCACCUUCGAGUUCUCCCUUAUGAACUUGGAAAACUUUUUCAACUGCAUGUUCUUGGACUACAAGGAAACCCACUCAACAAGGAAAUUCUCUCGCUGUAUGGAGAAACCAAUGGAACGCACAAACUUCUCACCUACAUGCUGGACAGCUUAACAGGUAAGUCAUUUUUUUUUCUUUGCUGGCCCAGGCCCAGCACGAAGGUGCAGGCCGGGCGGGGUCAGUGAACCCGAGCGUCUCUCCGAGUUUUGGCUGGGCCGUUUUUCGGGCGUUGAAUAAAUUCAGGAGAAGUGGACUUGGCUCCGGUGGUGCAGCGGUGGGCGUCCGUAACAACGGUCUAAUUUUGGCCUGUUGGCUCCUUGCGCCCACGCGGUGAAAUGUCUCGACCGUGGACUGGAGCCCCAAACGUUUGAAACGCAACUAGUGCGCUGGCAGGAGCCAACUGUUAAAAAAAUUGCUGUAAAUUUACAACGAAAAUGUGAUUAAUUUUGUUAGCAGCACAUACUGUAUUUUUACAGGCAUUACUGUAAAAAAGCAGCGUUAAUGAAAAUUUUGGAAACAAAGUUUCCGACCGAAAGCAGUUACUUUUGUUUUGCUACUGUAAAAAAAAUUGUAACAAUACAAGUGUCUUGUUAUGGCAGGAAAUAUGUUGCUAACAAAAUUAACUUCUCUUUUCUUGUGAAUGUACAGCAAAGUAAUACGCAGUAGUUUUUCUUUUGGGCCAAUAUGGGCCGAAUAUCACAGGUUUCGAGAGGGUUCAAAUGAAAACAACAUUUCUGUUAUAUAACAGGAGUGUCAAGUGUCAAUCCCGCAGUAUGUCGUCAGGUGACAGUUAUUUUUAACAGUGCAGUGUCCUGUGACUUCCUCGCCCCCCUCUGAAAACAAAAUCAGUCCCAGACCGAUGGUGAAAUAAUUUAUAGGUAAUUUAUCAAGCCGGAACCCCAGUAAUGGACGUCAAUGGCGCAAUUAAAUCGUGUCUCGUGAAUAAUGCGUGCAAAGGGUUUGCGCCCAACGCUCUCCGUGUUUACAAACAAGUAUGGGCAAGGCUUGGCGGGGCGCGGCGGGUCGAGGCCCGCCGACCUGCCAGAAAGUUGGGCAGGGGCAAGGUGUGGCCC